AAUAUUCCUCAUAUACUAAUUAACAAAAUUACACUCCCUACAUGGAUUGGAAAAGGAGACAAAGCUGGUUUCUGGGUUUUGCCAUUGGAUCCCAUUUUAAAUUGAUCACUCUUUAGUGAGUUGGUUAGCAUCAGAAUAAAGUAUUUUAGAAACAACUUUUAGAAAUUUUGAAGAAAGAAACGCACAGAACUAAAAAAUAUGUAAAGCGUAGAAGCUGUGCCAACAUUUAAGCCGGAGAUCUUUCCUUCAACAUCAUGGAAGCCCCUCGCCACGUUUAAGCCGGAGAUCUUUUGGCCAAGAGAAGAAAAUUGAGGAAAAGAGUUGACGCCUAGAACCAUGGAUGCCAUCGAGAUGACAUUCGCCACCGCUCUCUGUAAGUCACCGACUCUUCCUCCUUUUUGUUGUCUUCUGCUUCGGGUCAACUAUGGAGGCCACGAAUUUUCAAAUUCCUUUUCCGCCGAUGGUACCCAGGAGGCGGAUGCGGGACCCGGCGCUGGAAUGUGGCAUUGCCGCGAAACCUUACACUAGAGGAAGAGGACGACGGUGGACCCACCGUGCCCGUGAAAACUGGUCGCCAAGGGACAAGCUUUCGUGCAUUAUGUUGACGAUUAUGAAUUGUCUUCUUGGGCUCCAGACUCAAGCCGAUGGUAGUGGGAAAAGCAGGAAUGGCCGUCGAUUUUUUCCGGCGAGUGCUGUUGCCGGCUCUGCUCUUUCUCUGUUACUUUUCCGCCGUCAAUUGCUUCCGAGGGCCAUUACUGGACCUGAAGUCCGCUCUUCAAGGCUCCUCGCCGACCGACGUCUUCGAUACAUGGCAGGAAUCUGAUUUUUCUCCAUGCAAUUGGACUGGUAUAUCUUGCAAUUCCGCCAGAUACGUGACGGGAAUCGACCUAAGCAACCGGAACCUGACCGGAAGCUUCGCGCUGGACUUGUUGUGCGGUCUUCCCGCCCUGCAGACGCUUAAACUCUCGGGGAAUUCUCUAGGCGGUCGUGUCUCUUCCUCCAUCAACAACUGCAGUACCCUCCAGCAUCUCGACCUCUCAGACAAUCACUUUGCCGGCGAGGUGCCUGAAUUGUGGAACCUCGCGGGUCUGCGAGUUCUGAACCUCUCUUUGAAUAGAUUCUCCGGCCCGUUUCCGGAAAGCUCCCUGCGUAACAAAUCCAACUUAGAGUGGUUGAAGCUAGGGGAUAACCCCUUUGAUCGCAGCCCCUUCCCCGAAGAGAUGGUCGGCCUAAGGCAGCUCCGGUGGGUCUACCUCACGAAUAGUAAUCUGGAAGGGAGAAUUCCACCAGGGAUCGGUAAUUUGACGGAGCUCGUAAACUUGGAGCUCUCCAGUAAUGCCCUCUCCGGUGAGAUUCCGGCGGAGAUUACAAUGCUUAAGAACCUCUUGCAGCUCGAGCUCUACAACAACUCUCUCUCUGGGAAGCUUCCGACGGGCUUCGGUAAUCUCUCGAAUCUGGGAAGUUUCGACGCGUCUCUAAACUCCCUUGAGGGAGAUCUCUCCGAGUUGAGGUAUCUAACGAAGCUUACCUCGCUACAGCUCUACAGCAACCACCUCUCCGGCCCUGUCCCACCGGAAUUCGGCGAUCUCAGGAACCUCGUGAACCUCUCUCUGUUCUCGAAUAUGCUGACAGGUACUCUUCCUUCUAAGCUUGGCAGCUGGUCGGAGUUCGACUUCAUCGACGUGUCCGACAACCAACUGACAGGCCCCAUCCCGCCGGACAUGUGCGCUAAGGGAAAGAUGACCAAGUUGCUUUUACUUGACAAUCAGUUUUCCGGCGAAAUUCCGGCAACCUAUGGCAACUGUAGCUCGAUGGUCCGCUUUCGGGUGCUCAACAACCUUCUCUCGGGAACCGUUCCGGCAGGAAUCUGGGGUCUGCCGAACAUCGUGAUCAUUGAUCUCAGGUGGAAUUCGUUCGAAGGACCCGUGACUUCGGAUAUAAAAAAGGCUCGAUCACUCUCUCAGCUCUUCAUCUCUGGCAACAACUUCUCCGGCUUCCUGCCGCCGGAAAUCUCAGAAGCGACGUCCUUAAUGUCCAUCGACGGGAGCUUCAACAGAUUCUCCGGCGAGAUUCCGCAGACGAUAGGCAAGCUCCAGAACCUCAACCAACUCAUCCUUAAUCACAACAAUUUCUCGGGUAGUUUGCCGGACGCCCUGGGCUCCUGCUCAGCCUUAAAGGAGUUAAAUCUUGCCGAAAACAGCCUAUCGGGCGAAAUACCAUCCACCUUGGGAGGCAUCAAUGUCCUCAAUUCCCUCAAUCUUUCCAGAAACCAACUCUCGGGCGAGAUUCCGGCGAGCCUCUCGUCAUUAAAGCUGAGCUCUGUGGACCUCUCCUACAAUCGCCUCACUGGCCCAAUCCCUCCUGAGCUCGCCAACGAGGCGUUCAGCGGGAGCUUCUCCGGGAAUCCGGGCCUCUGCAGCCUCACCACCGGAUGUUUUUCCAGCGUCCACCGGUCUUCCUACCGGACCCUAGUCAUGUGCCUCGUCGCCAUCACCGUCUUCCUCGUGCUGCUCGGCAUCGUCGUCUGCUUCAAGUCGCAAAAGGCGGAGUCCUCCUCUUUCCGUGACGAGUCGUGGGACCUCAAGGCCUUUCAGGUGCUGACGUUCACGGAGCAGGAGGUCAUCAACGCAAUCAGGGAGGAGAACCGGAUCGGACGAGGCGGUUCGGGAGAGGUGUACCGGGUCGACCUGGUGAACGGGAGCACGGUGGUCGUGAAGCACAUCGCGCACCCGGAGUCGGACAUCUGCCGGACGAAUAGCAGCGGCACAGUCUCCAUUCUGAAAAGAACGAGUGCGUGGGGAAGGCGACGGGAGUUCGAGGCGGAGGUGGCCGUGCUGAGCUCCAUCCGCCAUGUGAACGUGGUGAAGCUCUUCUGCAGCAUCACGAGCGACGACUCGAGCCUGCUGGUGUACGAGUACCUCCCCAACGGCAGCCUCUGGGAGCAACUGCACGGCGACCAGAGCAAGGAAGGGCUGGGCUGGCCGACCCGAUUCCAGAUCGCCGUCGGGGCGGCCAGGGGGCUGGAGUACCUCCACCACGGCUGCGAACGGCCGGUCAUCCACCGCGACGUCAAGUCGAGCAACAUCCUUCUGGACGAGUACUUCCGGGCGAGGAUCGCUGAUUUUGGGCUCGCCAAGGUCGCAAUGUCGAGUGCGCCCAGCGACGACUCAUCGUAUUCAGUUGCUGGCACUCAUGGCUACAUUGCUCCUGAAUAUGCGUAUACGUGGAGAAUAGACGAGAAGAGCGACGUGUACAGCUUCGGGGUGGUGCUGUUGGAGCUCGUGACCGGAAAAAGGCCGGUGAUGCCGGAAUUCGGCGAGAACAAGGACCUAGUUCAUUGGGUGUCGGAUAAGCUGGGUAGCAAGGAGGGCAUGAGGGGGCUGGUGGACCCAGCCAUCCCGGAGAAGCACAAGGAAGAGGCGACGAAGGUGCUGAGGGUGGGCGUCCUUUGCACGGCGAAGCGGUCGAGCUGGAGGCCCACCAUGAGGGCGGUGGUUCAGAUGCUGGAGGAAGUGGGCGGAGGCGCUAGAAUUGGAGACCCACCAUGAGCGCGGUGGUUCAAGUACCCCACCAGACCAAACGUCUGCCGGUGCAUGACGUGGCUUACGGAUGGAUGAUCCAUAAUUUAAGAGGGUCUGUUGGACUGCAAGAUCCAGGAGACCCUGAACACGAGACAUAUUUUCCCUUCUGCCGGGUUUUGGGGAGGUUGAUUUUGAUUUGUAAAUAUAAGAUACAUGGAAGUUCCAAAAUUUUGCCUUCGAAAAGGGAAGAAAAAGAAAGAAAGAAAGACGUUAUGUAUGUGUAAAUGAAGCAACUUGGACCUUUCGUAGGGCUCAUCAUACUGUCCCUGUUCUUUUCGGAUUUUCAGGCAUCCGCUGGUUUUCCUGAAAUACGUAACCAACUUGAGUUCAUUCUGCGGUCACUUUCGUCACUCUUUGACUAAAAGUGGAACAAAACUAUCAGUGUUUGUCAUUUCUUAAUUGAAAACAUGCGUCUUGAGCAAUAGUUGCCAGAGCACUAUGGUGAACAAGGUCUGCAAGGAACCAAUGGUGGCCGGAGAUUUCACCUCCUAUGUUUGUAUGUGUGUUUCAA